GAACAGGGAGCAAGUCACACACACACACAUAUGCACACACACACACGAGUACAUGCUGCCUCCGUCACACACCCUUACACCCGUACACCUUCACACUGUGUCGCUCCUUCUUACACACACAUGUACACACUCCCUGACAUGUGUGCGCUGAGGUAGAGGAGACACACACUUUCUCUUCUCACAUACACACACUGACUCAACAGAACCAGACCGGACUGCUGUCACCCACCGGUGGAGACUCUGGCAGGAGGAGCAGCAUCUAUCGGUGCGGGUGAACGCAAGGGUGAUGCCAGAAGAGCUUGAGAGACAGCGCGGAAACAAGAUGCACUUCGUCCAGCGGGGUCCAUCCGCACCCCUUCCUCCUCGUCCCAGCUCCAAAAGCUGAUACCUCAGGUCGGACAGUCUCUACUUCUUCUACUACUCGUGCUCUGACAUUGUUUUGCUUGGAGAAAUUGUAAAGGUUGGGGGACAGAAGGAAAAGGAGCACUGUCACUCCUGUUAUUUUGGAGCGUUGACAUCCGGGCGUCCCACCGAAUAGGUGCAGGCGUCUUAACUGCAGGACUGAGCAGGUAUUUUCUUUUUUCUGCUUUCGUCACGAAGCGAAUGGUUCUAUCGGACGGGGUUGAACUUGAUUAGAGCUCCAGGAGGAGAGUCGAUUGGACAAGGACAUAUUGGUGGGCUACACUGCAAUGGAUUUGGGUGGAUGACAUGACUGGUCCUAAAAGAAGUACAGUGAUUUGUAAUAAGCUUCACCUGAAAAUAAACUAGAAGACAAACCUUCAUCAAUCCAACCUCAAAAAGCACCCAUUUUCAGUUUUGGGUGGGCCUUUGUGGUAUCCACCCCUAUUUCCCCCAUCUCCUCUUGUUGUGCCCUUCUCCCCGUGAUACGGUCCUUCCUCAGAAGCCCACUCCACCGAUCUACACUGCUCCCUCAGCGGUGCUCCGUCGCCCUGGGUGAGCGGGCAGGGGGGUGGCCCACGGUACCCCCCGACACCUGGGUGCCACCGAGCCGCCAGAGGCUGGUGAGGCGGCUGCAGGGUCAGCGCUGGGAAGAUGGCCGCUCUAGCCAGCUCCCUAAUUCGCCAGCGCAGGGAGGUCAAGGACCCCCAGGCGAACCGGCAGAUCGCCAGCAAGCGCAAGCCCUGCCCAAAGAGCAACAAGUCGCUCUGCCAGAAGCAAAUUCUAAUAUUAAUAUCGAAAGUUCGACUAUGUGGCAGUCGAGGGAGGAAAAUGGAAAAAAGACCAGAGCCCCAGCUGAAGGGCAUCGUCACGCGGCUUUACUGCAGACACGGCUUCUACCUCCAGAUGCUGCCGGGUGGCACCAUGGAAGGCACAAAGGACGAAAGCAGCUCCUUCUUGCAGUUCAACUUGAUUCCUGUGGGGCUCAGGAUAGUGGCCAUCCAGAGCACCAAGACAGGGCUGUACGUCGCCAUGAACAGCGAGGGCUACCUCUACACUUCGGAAAAGUUCACGCCGGAGUGUAAGUUUAAGGAGAGUGUGUUUGAGAACUACUACGUCACCUACUCAUCCAUCCUGUACAGACAGACCCAGUCAGGACGGGCGUGGUACAUCGGCAUCAACCGAGAUGGACAGGUCAUGAAAGGGAACCGUGUCAAGAAGACAAAGGGGGCUGCGCACUUCCUGCCUAAACUCAUUGAAGUGGCCAUGUACCGGGAGCCCUCUCUACACGACGUUGUGGAGCAGAGUCCGCCCAGGAAAACGCAGAAGACCUCCAGUGACUCGCCAGUGCUCCAGAACGGCAAGAAGGACCCUAAAUCCAAAACCAAAACCUCCACCUCCUAGCGCUUAAAGACAAGGUGGGAGGAGGGGUGGAGGACACGGGGCACUUGGCACCAGCGGACACCUGAACAGGGUUGUUAGGGCUACGCCCAAUGUGCAACACUGACCCAACAUGAACUCUACGUACCCACAAUGCACUGGUGUAAAGUUGGAGAAACAAGUGGCAAAUGGGGAGCCCCUUUUACAUUCACAGACCCCCCCACCCACCAACACCAGCCCUCCACCUUCUUAUUAUCAAAGCCUGGGAUAUAAAAGCAAUAACUCCACGAAGAGGUGAACAUCAUCAUAUAGCAUGUCACCACUGCGUGUUAAACUUAAAUCCCACACCGCCAUCAUCAGCAACAUGCUUCGAGUCAACCAAUAUUUGAACAAAGUCUUCCUGGUUCUACCACAACGGGUGCAACAGUCAAAACGGUCCCUCAAACUUACUUUGUAAACGGGUUUUCAUUUCCCUACAGGGUUCCAUGCUAAUGUUAGCUUGACGCAGAGCCAUGCUAAUGCAAGUCUGUCACAGAGACCCUUGCAGACUUUUUGUUCCGCAGCCAUCUGCUCAGUCCACUUCUUCCGUGUGUGUCAGCGAUCUUUGUGAGAUGGGCCCUGAUACUUGUCAACCUCAUUCUGUUUGUGUGGCUGUGUGUGUGGCUGUGUGUGUGUGUUCCUUUCAUCUACCUUUCACCUUUAACGCGAUUUGAUUAGUUUGUGACAUGGACUCAAUUUUCCACUCGGCCGCACAAGAAAACCCCUCCCGUCCUCCCUGGCUCUGUUAAUGGAGUCUGGGGCUGAUCAGAAUCUUUUCGACCCUUAAACGAGGGGCCAAGAGCUCCCUCGACACACUGCAUAACCAACCACACACACGUAUUAUUACACUGGCAUAUACACACAUGCAGAAGUGUGCGUAUUCUGUACACAUCCUGAUAUACAUGAGCAACGACAUCAGAAAAAUAAUCUCACGUUUUAACACUCUUAACACCACAACAUGUAUUAACACACACAU